UAUAAAAGGAGCAUCAACCCUUAAACAGCAUCAGUUUGUAAGUGCGCGCCACACUUAAUAUGAAGCUGCUGUUUUUGCUAUCGUUGAUUAUUCUGGUGUCGGGAGGCGAAGUUCUCGUCACCGAAAAAAUAGCCGGGAAUAACGACAUAUCCCCGCAAGCAGGCACGCUUUUCCAAGCUCAACCGAGCGUCCUGGAAGUCUUAGGGGGAAAGAAACUAGGAAAGAGAGGCUUGCUUCCUGCGGCUUACGUAGACACUUAUACUCCCGUGUUGCCGUGGUAUCGAUUAGGCGGAUUGAGUAACUAUGGAUUGUACGGUUACGGUUGGCAUCCGGGCUGGUCAUUGCGCGAUGGUUGGUACAAAGGAUGGUAAAUUUCGAAAAUUAAAUGUGCAAUCAAUAAAAUAUCAUUAAAAUAAUGCGCAUCUUACAUUGAUUUCUUGGCAUCUUUUUUUAAUAAAUAAGACUUUUUCAUAUAAUUGUCAUAGUUUUCGUCAUCGUG